UCUCUCCUCUGUUCAGUAUACUCAGAACAUCAGUUGUUGUACGGUUGUAUUUUUUCGCGAUUGGAUUAAAAAAUUCAUUUACUAAAUUUUUUUUUUUCAAAGUAUUUAUGUUUUAUUUAUUAAACCAACCCUAAAUUCACGCAUUCUCUAUAAUAGAGUCAAUCAUCCCCUUCUUAAAAAAGGGGGAAAAUGUGCGCAUGACCUGAAAUUAUUUUCUGUCUAACGUACACCCUACUAUUUGUCUCUUUAUAUAGUGCAAUUGUUGUUAUAAGCUCAUCCGGUUGUCAACGACGCCGGGUGAACAAUAAUAAAUCAGUGUGCUUCACGUGUAUUAAUUGUUUGUUUAUCAACAAGCAUUUAUAGUGAACUUUUAUUGGUGUGAAUAAGAAUUGGAAUAGAAAAUGUCAAGCAGUGUGUGUCAUGCUCCUUUGCCAGCGCGCAUGGAAGCCUUCACCACGAGGAUCUGCUUACGCGCCGUUGAUCAGUACGAACGCCUCUUGCAAACUCAUUUUAAUAAGCCAUCGAAAGAACAGACACACGUGGGUGGUGAGUCAAUAUCACCAAAGGCCCAACGUCGACAGAAGGAUGGCUCGGGAACUAAUUCAGCGGUCAACGCUUUCCGUCAAUGGAGGCGGAGUGCUUCCGCUGGAAAUAAAUCUAAUGGAGGUGGAUCAAAUUCAUCGGCCCUCGGACGAAUGUCGAACGAUCAUACCACCGUUCAAAAAUUAGAGCAAUUUCCUCUUGCUCUUUCCGAUGCUACUAUGCCGGAUGAAGAUCUUUCCCUCAAGUUUCUUGCUCUGAACGCACUGGACCUAACAGCACCAGCAAGUGACAUCAUUUUAAAAAAUCGACUAAAAUCAUGGUUUCAAUUGUCGGGACAUCCGGCGAGUUUUGCACCAGCCGGACCGGGGACAGUAUGGAAAAGAAGAACGGGAGGUUCUGAAAAUACAGAGAGAAUAGUUUACGAAACCCUAAGUAAAGACGACGAAAUGAAAGAAUUCAUACCAAGGUACUAUCGAGAAGUUGACUAUAAAAAUGAUACAUUCAUUGAAUUACAAGAUCUUUUAUUUGGAUUUAAUGAUCCCCACGUGAUGGAUAUAAAAAUUGGUACAAGGACAUUUUUAGAAUCAGAAGUCUCAAAUAUAAAGGCCAGACCUGAUCUCUAUGAGAAAAUGAUUUCCGUCGAUAUUAACGCGCCUACUGAACAAGAAAAUAAACAACGUGCAGUCACUAAACUUCGAUAUAUGCAAUUUCGUGAACAACAAAGUUCAACGUGUAGUCAUGGUUUUCGUAUUGAGGCGAUGAAAUUGCCAGGAACGCCGCCAAUCAAAAAAUUACAAAAGGUCAAAUCACAUCAGGAAGUUUUGGAAACGAUGAAACACUUCUUGGGAGAAAGUAUUAAUGUUAGGGAAAAAUUGCUAGAGCGCUUGAAAAAUUUGAGAUCAAGAGUUGAAAAAUCCACGUACUUUCAAACACAUGAGGUUAUUGGAAGCAGUAUUUUUAUGAUAUACGACAAUGAGAAAGUGGGAGUCUGGUUAAUUGACUUUGCAAAAACUUAUCAAGUUCCAAAUGGCAAAAAAUUGACGCAUCGAGACUCAUGGCAGACUGGAAAUCAUGAGGAGGGAUUUCUUCUUGGAAUCGACAAUUUAAUUUCGACAAUUAAAGAAGUCAAUGCUUCUUUAUGAAUAAAGAAAAUUGUAGACUGAUAUUUAAAUUAUUGUAAUUUUUCGUAUGAUAAGAAUUGCAGUUUUUCUAAGGAUAUCAAAUUGAAAGAAAAAACGCAUCAAAAGUCAAAUCUCAAUUUGAUA